CUCGUCCGCAUCAAAUUCACGAAUCCGAAUCCCAAGAGAAUUGCUUCUUCCUCUCUCUUUCCUGCUUUGCGGUCUGUAACGAAAGACCAGGAGAAUCCUGAAUCACUUCACAUCCUACGAGAGACAACCGCAAGCCUCCCUUCAGCCAACGUCUUCCGCAUCUCGCCGGGCUGCCCAGCGCUUAUCGUGAAUCCCUCCCACCGCCUCGAUCCCGAUAAACCAUUUUUGCCACCAAUGCGAAGAACACCAGACUUAUAACAUUCUCUGAUCCUUUGUCCUACCACCCUCCCUCCCGUCGGUCCUCGACACCCCUCGAGACCAUCCCAGAACAUGGAACGCCCAGUACAGCCCCGCCCGAUUCGACGGCGGGUCAACGCUCUCCUCUACGUGAGCCAAAGAAUAGGACCAGAACUCCUGCCCUAUCUCCUCCAUAACCCCAACCUGAACCUCCGAGUGAUUUCAGAACUCUCGAAAUCCGAAUUUCAGCAGCAUAUGGCUCCUGGCGUCAGUUUGGACAAUGUACAAUGGAUAGAGAACAAGCCUCAAGAUCCGCAUCGCAACGAAGUCAUGAUGCUGGGCCACCGUCUGGCUAGAUGGGCCGAUUUCAUGUUUCUCGCCAUAGAUGCUGGGAUGAUUUGCUUCAUGCUGAGUGGUUUCACGACCGACGUCCUUCUCCAUGCUCUGAGGUGUUGGGACGUGUCAAAGAGAAUCGAUCUGUUACCUGAGUUGAGCAGGGACCAAUACAGACACCCCAUCUGGAACAGGCAGUUGUCCGAACUGCGAAGAAAGUGGGACUGGGUUCGUGUUCUAUCUCCUGCCAUCUUUGAGUACUCGGAGAAUGGCACGAGUCUGGCUCAGUCGGGAGCAAAUUCGCUGGAUGGGGACGUCACCCCCGAAUUCCGCUGGUCAUGGGCUGGACCGUCGGAGAUGAUCGAGGCCAUUGAGAGUGAAACCCAGUCAGUCCUGCGAGCGACCUGCCUCAAGACAAACUCGGCAUUCCCAGACCUCCCACUGUCCAAAACCACUUCUUCCAAGCCACAGCUGCCCAGUGAGAUUUGGACCAUCAUUCUAGACCACCUAGGUGACUGGGAGCUUGCCACCGCCCUGGGAAUAUUCACACACCUGCCGGUGCCUCACGAAUGGGAGCCGCUCAUACCACAGCCAGGAUCAUCCAAGUCGCCCUCGCUCGAAUAUACCAUCCUCACACAACCAGUGGGCCAGGUCCAAAAAUACUUCACCAACAACGCCUCCUCCAACCCUCCCACCACGUUGUCCCCAAUCGCAACACGGCUGAUCUUCCGCUUCUCCAUGACCGGCCUGCUCACGUACCUGGCUCUCCAACAAAAGGACAUCUUCUGGACCUCCUUUGGUCUGGCCCUUCUCCCGCACAAGGCGUCGCUGAUCUACAAUUCCCCCACGAUCUUGCAGUGGUGGAAAGAUUGUCCAGCCGUGAUCAAGAAGGAAUAUGGCCCUGAAGCCUUGGACGGCGCUUCUCGCGCCGGGUUCGUGGAGGUGCUGGACUGGUGGCUCAAUUCAGGCCUGAAACUCACAUACACCGAAAAGGCUCUGGAGUCGGCCAGUGCUAAGGGCCACGUGGAAGUGCUUGAAUGGUGGAAGGAGAACUCCCAGAAAUUGGCGGGCACCGAUCGCGAAAUGCCGCUCAAGGUCGGCAAGAGCAUCCUUUUGGCGGCGCAGAGCGGCCGGACCAAUUCCAUCGAGUGGUGGGAGACGUCGGGCAUCCCCUACGCCCACGAGGACGGGGUCGCCCGGCUCGCAUCCCAGCACGGCCACGUCCCCGUGCUGGAGCUGUGGUACCGCUUCAAGGGCAGCAAGAUGAUUUUCGACAACCAGGUCCUCGUCGGGGCCACCAAGAACGGCCACGCCGGCGUCCUGCAGUGGUGGAAGGAAAUCAGUCGCAAGACAGGGCUGAGAGUCGAGUACAAGACGUGCGACAUUGAGGAGGCCAUGGAAGAUGCGGUCGGCGGCGGCGGCGAAGGAGAGGUCCGCGAGUGGUGGGCCCGCAACGGCCUGAACCUGGGCGUCGGCACCGGCGAGUGGAUGCGGGUCAAGACUUUGUGAACCGUAGCUAUGGCCCAUGGAGAGGGGGCUGUCGAAAGCGUCAGCAGAAAUACAGGGCGGAAGGGAAAUGUGUCGAUCUUUUCUUCAUCUCGUCGGUUUACGGUUUCCUUUGCCUGGCGUUGGUUUCUGGCUGGUUCGUCCUGGGAGGGAUAUACAUACUUGGACUGGAUUGGAGCGCUGUGCUGUGUUGUGCUGUGUUGUGCUGUGUUGUGCUGUGUUGUGCUGUGUUGUGCUUGCUUG